GGUCGUGGGUGCUUGCGCAGCUUGCGCUCCGCUCGAGGGCGUUUGCGGGCAACUGUAACCUGGUGUAUAUAACCUGCUGGUGUGUAACUGUCGCGCUGAAGCUCACUGAAGCUGCAAGAAGCUGUGCAGGUCAAGCAAGUCAGGUCGCAACUCGCAACAUGAACUGCACUCCGUGCAGUUUACGCGAUUGCUCUUAUCAAGUCCCGCUCCUCUCGUUUGCGGCUCAGCGACGCGCGUGAUGUGUGUCGGCGAUUCCAAUGCAAGGACGAAGCAGUUUUCGCGUAUUAUUCUCUGCGGACGACGAUGUCGGGCAGCAGCGAUUCCGAGGAGUUUUUCGACGCGGAGGACGACUCGUUUCAUCGCGCGUCGCGAAAAGUUAAACAGCGUGAGUCUAUCAGUGCUGAAGGUCAUGCUAAUAAAACGCUAGAAAUUUGCAAACAGGAAGAUCAUGUUUUCGUAAAACCUACCGAACCAAAGAGUUGCAUGACAGCCACAGACUGUGGACAAACGAAAGAAAAACUUGACGAGGAUAGUAGAGAAUCCACUGCAGAUAAAAUUGUAGGUAGAAGAAGAUUUCGUGAACUUCGGCAACGCAUGCAAACGGAAGAUGAUGAUAUUCCGAUUAACAGUUCUCCUCCGGAUAGCCAGACAUCUUCCAUCGAGGGUGUUUAUCCUACUCCUUCGAAAACGACCCAUCCAUUCAGAAUUAUAGAGCAUGACACUCUUAGCUUACAAAGUAUGACCUCUUUAGGGCGAGUGGGCCGAAUUCUGGCGGGAGUCGCAGAUAACGCUUCUGGCGUACUUGUAUCUGGUAUAUCCCAGUGUCCUCCUCCUGCCGCCCUUACCCGCGAGAGUCAGAUGUCCUCCAUUGCUAGUAUUCCGAGCAAAGAUGAGGACACAACCUCUGGUAAGGUGUCCCAGUCUUCCAGCGUCCUUACGUUAUCAGGGGAUAUCCUACAGGAAUCCUCUGUUAACGGUAGUAGAUCCAAUUAUGCUUCUCACUCGCAAAGUGACAAGACUAUUAUGCUUCAAGAACCUGAUGUCAUCGCUAGUACAAAGAAUAAUGGAAAAUCAGUAGAAGAUGUUGCGAUGUCUGGUGUACCCAUUGCUCCACCGCGUCGUAAAAAGAAAAUCAAGACAAAUACAUCGAGUGAUCUCGCUCCCGCUGCAGAGGCACUUGUUCCCGCGUCACCACUUCCGAGUCCAGCAAGUACUAUAGAAUCGAUAACUAGAGAAUUCGAGCAUUCUCUUGAUAUCCGAUCCGCGACGAAAGGCCAAUAUGUCGUCAAGCCGCAAGAUGAGGACAAAUUGAAAGCAGAAGGUCCGUCUACCGAGGAAUUAGAAAGGGUAGAAAGAAUGAAAGCAGAAUUGCUUAGUCGAUCGAACGAAAAGUCCAGCAGUAGUCCAUUAGGAUCAGCAUCAAGCAAUAGUAUCGGCCGUUAUUCUCUAGGUCCGCAUAAGCUUUCAGGCAUGAGUCCACAAGGUUCCAAAGAAAGACGUAAAUCUGCUGGUGAUCAAGAUUUGGUCAAGCAAUUAAAUAUGUUUGUAAGGACUAGGACUGAUUCUGGCAAGCGUCUUACCGAUAUGGAAAUCUUGGAACAAGUGCCUGUAACGAAUUUAGAUACGGGGGAACAGGUGCCAUUAAGUAUAGCAGAAGAUAAAUUACCGCAAUGUAUCAAUCCGUUGUCAUUACAUAUUAUGAGACUCACUAAAUCUAAAUACAUAAGCAAUUCUAGUCUUGAGAAGGAGAAAGAGAGCGAUGAGGAAAGUGUGGACAGUAAAAUGUCUAGUAUACCCCCAGACGAAGAUGUAUCGGUAGACAGAGUUCGUAAGCGAACACAAAAGUUGAAACGAUUCCUAGGCUCGACUGUAAAAAAGACAAUGGACAAAGCUAAAUCGAUCGCGCAAGAAGUAUCGCACGCGAGACACAAGGAGGAUGUUAUGGACAUAGUAGACGAAGUCUAUCCUGGUGAACAACAGUACAUAAAAUUAAAGGCAUCAAACAGCCACAAAGGUCCGUACGAAUUCAGUUGUCUGCAGCACGUUCAAGAUCUUAGCGGCGAACACAUAGGACCCGUUUGGUGCAUGAAAUUUUCAGCCUGCGGCCGACUGUUGGCCACUGCGGGACAAGAUCGCGUUUUAAGGAUUUGGGUUCUACGAGACGCCUUCACGUAUUUUCAGGACAUGCGAACAAAGUAUAACGCAGAGAAAGUCAGUCCUACUCCGUCGCAAGAAUCGUUAGUCUCGCAGCAAUCCAUGGAAGAUCCUAACGUCGUAGCUAGUGCCUUCAGCGAGAUAGAAGGAACAAAAAGCCCGUUUAUGCCAAAGCCAUUUUGCACAUAUACCGGUCAUACCUCGGAUCUGCUCGACGUCUCCUGGUCUAAAAACUACUUCGUAUUAUCUUCAUCGAUGGACAAAACUGUACGGCUUUGGCAUAUAUCUCGCAAGGAAUGCUUAUGUUGCUUUCAGCACAUCGACUUUGUCACCGCCAUAGUAUUUCAUCCGCGGGACGACCGAUACUUUCUCUCAGGAUCGCUGGAUGGCAAAUUACGCUUAUGGAAUAUUCCCGAUAAAAAGGUUGCGGUAUGGAACGAAGUGGACGGGCAAACAAAGUUGAUUACCGCGGCGAAUUUUUGUCAAAACGGAAAAUUCGCGGUUGUAGGCUCGUAUGACGGUCGUUGCAUAUUUUACAAUACCGAUCAGUUGAAAUACCAUACCCAAAUACACGUCCGAUCGACAAGAGGGAAAAAUUCUACCGGUCGCAAGAUCAGUGGAAUCGAGCCAAUGCCGGGGGAAGACAAGAUAUUGGUUACGUCAAACGACAGUCGCAUUCGUCUGUACGAUCUGAGAGACUUGAACCUGUCUUGCAAAUAUAAGGGAUACGUUAAUGUCAGUAGUCAAAUUAAAGCAAGUUUUAGCCCAGACGGACAAUAUAUAGUUAGCGGUUCUGAAAACCAGUGCAUUUAUAUUUGGAAAACUCAUCACGAUUAUUCCAAAUUUUCUAGCGUUCGUAGGGAUCGAAAUGAUUUCUGGGAAGGCAUAAAGGCGCACAAUGCCGUAGUAACGUGUGCCGUAUUCGCACCGAAUCCAGAUAGUAUUAUCAAGCAAAUCGAAGCGAGAGAACAAUGGGAGAGUAAGGAGGAGCCGAAAGGCGUGGAUAGUUCCAACAUGGGUGUGAUUCCCGUUGAUCCUGUCGUUGAGCAACGCACUAAAGGUUGCGGAGGCCACGUUCUCGUGAGCGCCGAUUUCAAUGGGUGUAUAAAGGUUUUCUUAAACAAGACGAAACCGAAGCACAGUUCCCUACCGGCAUCUGCACUCGCGUAACGUAAUAUUAUCUACGAAUCUACGGGGCAAUCGUAUUAAUCGAGAAAAUAACGUAUAUAGUACGAGCGUAUCGUCGCGUGCAAAUUACGCUCUUGCCUCUUAAAUUUCGCCUACUGCAAAUUUCGCUAUGGGCUCGUCUCUUCUCGAUCGAGAAAUACCAGAAUUGUAUACAAACUUUUUUUUAACGGUAUUUUUACGCCAAGUACAAGCACUGUUUUAUCUUCGUGCGCGCGCGCGCGCGCGCGCGCACUUGCGUGUGCGUAAAUAGUUUUAAGCGAUAAUAUACAUAUAUUAAUGACAAAGCUUUUUUUCUUGAAAUCGUGCUUAAAUGUUUAAGUUUAAUCACAAUCGAUCAAUCUGUCAAUUCUAAACGUAAUACGCUCUAAUGCAGGGGAUACUGAAAUGUAAAUUCCAUUGAAAGUUUUAUUGCGUCAGAUAAAACAAAUUUUGUUCAUUUUCAUAUUUUUUGAAUAUUUUGUUUGCCAACGGAUGUGAAAAGAGUUUUUUCUUUUACUUUCUUCUCAUCACGAUUCGACGGUGCUGGUCCACUGUUACAAAGAAAACAAAAUAUAGUUAUUAAUAUCUUACAAGAGAGAUUUAUCAAAAUUAUGUUGUAAAAUGAUAGUGAUAAAUCGCGUCAAUGAGGACGGAAUUGUUCUAUACUGUACCGACUGCACGUACAAUUAAGACACAGAGAAGAUUAGAGCACCUUGGUGAAAAUAAAGUAUAAAAGAGUAUACAGAGGAUGGAAAAAUAUUCGAAUAGCAUGUUUUAUUUGUUAUACGUCAGAUUCGCAGCUCUUAUAAAAGAUUUUCAUUAUUUACUAAUAGUGAGACGUUAAAUAGGAAUUGUUAAUUUUUACAAAUAUCGAAUCGAAUUUUCGCAAAAUCCUAAUGCUUUCUAAAAUGCGUCCUUCUUGAACAUAAUAGGUGUAAGAUAGUGUAACACAUCGAAGACAAUAUCAGAUAUUUGAAAGCUGACGUAUGUAUAUCAUGGUUUUUUUCUACGAACGUCCUAUAUUUAAAAAACGUAAUUAAACGUCGUAUUUUUUGUUGUGGAAUUUUAGUAACACGUACGUAUAUGAGACGCGUUACAGUUAAACAUUGCGUUACACACACACACACACACACACAUACACACACAAGCACAACAUAUAUGUUAGUUUUCAUGAUUAAGCGUACACUCGUGAACAAUGAGGUUGCGAUACUUUUUUUUUUUAGUGAGUUUUAUGAACGCGUGGUUUUUAACUUUCUAAUAAAGUUUCUCAAAUAAUAUAAAUAAAUGAUAUAAUUUGAUGUUAGUAUUGACAUUUGGUACAGUAUUAUUUUAAUUAUAUAUAACAUGUUUGUGCAUUCGUAAAUUAACUGAAAAAAAAGUGUUGCAAUCUCAUUGUCCACGACUGUUAUAAAUAUGUAGUUCAUCCCUCGUUGAUAUUUUCUGUAGAAAUUGUAAUAUGCCUACGAUAUUCUAAUUCAGAGUUUAAUGUAGAAGAUUAUGUUACAUUGGGUUAAUAUCAAUGCAAAACUUGUACUUUUAAAUUUUGUCAAUUAUAAGAACGUGUUUGUGUGUGGUGUGUGUGUGUGUGUGCGCGCUCGUGUGUUGUAUGAAGAACAGUUUCGGAAUUCUGUAUGACAAUGAGAUUACAUUAUACGCGACGUA